CUUCGAACUCUUCUACUCACCAAUCAGUACGGAUGCUCCUGCAGUUUCAAGGAUGGUCAUGAGGUCUGAAGGAAAGUCUGAAUGGUCGUGAGCCAACAUCAGAUUACCAGCAAGGGACCCAACCUGAAAGAAACAAGCUCAAGUUUGACCAGUGGAAGAAGUUUUAGCGUCUUGAAAUGGCCGCACAAGGAAUGCCUUGGCCUUUGACGACUCAAAAUACUUAUCCUUCUAAUGACAGUUAUGACAGAGGUGGCUUUAAAGGAAGUUCUGGUUCUUCAACUGGUUCUGUUCAAAGAGACAAAGUUUAUGUACAGAAUAUCCCCUUGACAAUGCAAGAGGAUAGCGUUGAGACUCUUUUUGGUAAAUGUGGACAUGUUGUAGAAGUGAAGCUCCUCCCAGCUAAAGAUGGAAGGAACACUGUAGCAGGGUUUAUCAAAUAUGCCACAGAAGAAGCUGCAGAAGAAGCCAUCAACAAGAUGUCAGGCUGCACUUUAGGAGAAGGGCCCCCAUUACGCGUCAUGUGGCCUAACAGCAAAAGCAGUUCUUCUGGAGGACAGUCAGAUGGAAGACGAGGAGGUGGAGAUAGAGGUAAUAACCAAGGCUUCAACCAAUCAAACUAUGAUGAAAGCCGAAGACAAGGUCAGAAUAGGUCGACAGAGAGUCCUUUUGGAAACUACUCCGAUGGACCAACACAACAGACAAGUACAUAUGGUGAUGGACAAGCUGGCAGGAACAAUUCUUAUUCCCAGAAUUCCCAGCCUGGUAACUAUGGCAACCAGAAUAGUGGACAGGCAAACUUUAUGUCUCUUCUAGGGCGAGGUGAGAAUAGGAAUGUGAACAGUUCCAAGCCACCAGGUGGUCUGCAGAACUAUGGAGAUAACAGACAACAAAGUAAUAGCUAUCCACCAUUAGCACCUCUGAAGACAUCUCCCAAUUUUCCGAAUACUGUGUCACAGCAAAAUGGUUAUCAGUAUCCGCCACAAACAAAUGAAAACAGAGAGAUGCCGUCCAGGAAGAGUUAUGACCAGGCAUCACCAGCACAACAGUACCAACAAGAGAUGCCAAGCAACAGCUAUCAGCUGCAUCAACCAGCACAAGGGUACCAUUACCAGGGAGAAUCACUAAGCAAUGGUUACCAACAGCCAGUACCAGAACAACAGCAGUACUAUUUCCAGGAACAACCCCCAACUAAUAGUUACCAUACACCUCCUGUACCUCAAACACGCCAUUUCCAGCAACAACAACCCACCAAUAGUUAUGAACAACCUCCUGCUCCAUCUCAAGGGUACCAUUUCCAGGAACAACAACCACCAAACCAAAAUUUUCCAGCACCAAAUCAAGGAUAUCCACAGAAUAAUCAACAGCACAAUAGCUGGGGAGAUUCACCACAAGAAGGACAGACCAUUAAUAAUGGUCCAUUUGGUGGCCCAUCCCGAAACCAGUUGUCAUGGCAACCAAGGGAAGAACCAAGAUCAUCUGGAAGAGACAUGACUUGUCAUAACUGCAAAGAACCAGGUCACUUUUCCAGGGAAUGUCCGAACCCCAGAACACAAGAUACAACUUGUCAUAACUGCAAAGAACCAGGUCACUUUUCAAGGGAAUGUCCGAACCCCAGAACACAAGACAUGACUUGUCAUAACUGCAAAGAACCAGGUCACUUUUCCAGGGAAUGUCCGAACCCCAGGACACAAGGUGGUCCGAAGUGUCAUAGAUGUGGUGAAUCGGGUCAUUUUGCUAGAGAAUGCCCAACCUCAACUGGACCAAGUGGUGAUCAGUUGUGUCAUAAGUGUGGUGAAGCAGGACAUUUUGCUAGGGAUUGCACAAGCUCUCCCAGUAGAGGUGGUGAUCAGUUGUGUCACAAGUGUGGUGAAGCAGGACACUUUGCAAGAGAAUGCACAAGCUCUCCCAGUAGAGGAGGUGGGUCAAAUUGUCACAGAUGUGGAGAAGCAGGACACUUUGCCAGGGAAUGUACCAAUGCUCCAUCUAGAGAUAAUGCUUGCCAUAAGUGUGGUGAAGAGGGACAUUUCGCAAGAGAAUGCACAGCACUACCCAGCAAUAACUUGGAUCCAUCUAGACCAGGCCCUGUUACCUACAUCCCUCAAGAGCUCCCUGAAGACAUGGACUCAUUGUUCGAAGACAUGCCGCAUACAGGAAUCAACUUUGAUAAGUACGACAACAUCCCAGUGAAAGCCUCAGGGCAUCAAGGACAAGACCCUCCRCCCCCUAUCAAUACAUUUGAUGAAGUCAACUUUGGCAGCCAGACCAAAGCGAACAUUCGUCGUGCUGGUUUUGUCAAACCAACACCUGUGCAGAAGCAUGCUUUUCCUAUCGCUAUGUCAGGGCUGGAUCUCAUGGCUUGCGCUCAAACUGGGUCUGGUAAAACGGUGGCCUAUCUCCUUCCGACCCUCACCAGUAUCAUCAAUGGCGGUAUUCCAGCAGCAUCCCAGUCUCCGCUGGUCAUCUGCAUGGCACCCACACGAGAGCUAGUGGUACAGAUCUACAAAGAGGCAAAGAAGUUUGCAGAUGGUACACCAGUUAAGGUGGCUGUGGCUUAUGGUGGCGUGAGUGUCGCAUAUCAAGCACAACAUUUGGAACGUGGCUGCCAUUUUCUUGCUGCAACACCUGGAAGACUACAGGACUUUGUGACUAGAGAAAGGGUUUAUCUCGAUGGUGUCAAGUACUUGAUCCUAGACGAGGCAGAUCGCAUGUUAGACCUGGGCUUUGGACCCGCCAUCCGCAAACUCGUCGAGCAAUGCAACAUGACGCCUAAAGAACACCGACAAACACUCAUGUUCAGCGCAACCUUCCCUAACGAAAUCCAACUUCUGGCCGCAGAUUUCUUGAAACAGGAUUAUAUCUUCUUAGCUGUAGGCUGUGUCGGUGGAACUAACCUUGAUAUCGAACAGCAUAUCCUGCGAGUCAACGGAAAUGACAAGAGGAACAAACUGUUUGAUAUUUUAAGUGAAUCUGGGACAGACAGAACAUUAGUAUUCGUUGAACUCAAGCGUGUGGCUGAUUUCCUUGCUUGUUUACUGUCGGAAAACAAUUUCCCUACCACCAGCAUCAGCAGUGACCGGUCACAACAAGAACGCGAAGCAGCAUUGCGUGACUUCCGUAACGGACGAGCAAAUAUCUUAGUGGGCACAUCAGUAGCAGCACGUGGGCUAGAUAUCCCGGAUGUAAAACACGUCAUCAACUACGAUCUUCCUCAGGAUGUUGACGAAUACGUCCAUCGUAUUGGUAGGACGGGGAGGAUCGGGAACAAGGGAAAGGCUACGUCGUUCUUCGAGGACGGACGAGACGAGAAGCUUGCACGAAGUCUGGUGAAAGUUCUAAGUGAGGCGUUCCAAGAUGUUCCUGGCUGGUUAGAACAAAUAGCUGAAGAUGCUAUUGGAUCAAGCUAUGGACCAACAGGAGGACGCUUCACCUCUAAAGAUCAUCGUCAGGGUAGAGGAAGAGGAAGAAGGAGAGACGACGACCAAUACAUCAACAACGCCAUGUCAAAUCUAAACAUACAAAACGACCCAAUCUCCAACUUUGGGUCUCAACCAUACCGUCAAGACAACAACAACACCAUACAGGAUGGAUCUACCAACAACUAUCCACCACAGGGAUCCCGCCAAGGAGCCCCGCCGCAGGGGGGUGGGGGUAGAGGAACAGGGGAUAGUGAUGACGAUUGGGAUUAGUUUAGCUUAGAACUGAUAGACAUGAAUUGAUAGUACUCUAAUGAGUACAAUCCGUUUCGAUUCGUUUGCACAUGCGCAGUAUGCCAGUGUUCCGUCAUUGUUAGUCUCUUCUUCCGUUUCAAGUGCUUCGUUUCUAAACAAAAAGCCAAAAAAUGCGUAAGAUUCUGAAAGCAGAGUCCUUAUGCUGUCAUUCGUUAGACGUUAUCAGAAGGGUGAAAAAUUCACACUAAAUCAGCGUAAAAACCAAAAUGUAUAAAAACGUCAAAAGCAUCCGAAGACUUUUCAAUCUCAUUUCCAGAACCUGCGUUGCUGACCAUAAGGAACGCAGGCUCGGAAAAAUAGAUUGAGUAUUUGACUUACUCAAGCUACCGUUACACCCUGCAAUUUUUUCCGUGUGCAAGAUACGUAUUUUUUUUAUCUUGUGCUGCAUUGCUUGUUGAGAUGUGUGCAUGGUCUCGUAAUAACAAGGGCAAUUCUGUCUCGCGACUAUAAUGAAAAAUGUUGUAGAAAGUUCAAAUAUAUGAAUUAUCCCUGCAACAUUUUGAAUGGCGUGAUAGACUGCACUAGUUACAAGUUAAGUCUAAAAUUGCGUUGCCAUGGCGUUAAAAUGUAGACGAUCUCAGUACAGCUUUAUUUUCUGACAUCAGACAGGGUUUCUCAAAAUGUGCUGUGAAGACAAAAUUUCAUGCUUAUAAACGUAUUUUUUUAAAAACAACAGAAAUUUGGAAUAGACGCUGUAUAUUAUCCGUCCUGAAGCUGAGAAGAAAACUCGGUCAAAUUUUUCUCAACUUUAAUGGAUAACAGUUAUACAUGUUACAGUUUGUUAAUGUUACUUAUUAGCUUGAGUUUUGAGGUAGUUUUUUAAUAACUUCCUUAACCAACCAAAACUUCAAAAACGUUCUUCAUAGUUAAUAUAAUCAGGAAAUUAGUUGGAAAACUAAUUUGAAAAAAGGGGGAAAACUUUGUACAGCUAUUGUUUAGUAAAAAUGCUGUCCGGCCGUUCUCGUUUUUAAAACAAGAUGUUUCUAGGAAUCUUGACAACGUUUUGAUUUCGAAGUAGUGAUGAGGAACCACUUGAUUGUGAUUAACACUUCCAUUCCGGGAUAACUCUCAGUUAUCUUUAUUUUUCUCACUGUCUUUCUCUUCUUUCGUUUUUCUUUUUAUUCCGAUCUUUCAGUUUUGCUUUGUCUUUCGUUUGUUUUCGUCUUACUUGUUUAUUUUUUUUUUCUUUCCAUUUUCUAUUGAGUCCUUUUCUUUGCUUUCCUUUCCUUUUGUUUACUUUACUUUUCUUUUCCAAUAUGAUAUGAUGUCACUACAAUCAAAAUUCCUUUGUUGUUAACGCAUAAAUAUAUAUUUCAAAUAGAAAAUUUAUUUUCGUUAUAAGUAAUCGAAAUCUUUAAUUCAAACAGCUAGAAAUAGCGAGUUCGAACCAAUCAACAAAUAAACAAAGGUUAAAUGAAAACAUUGAGUUCAUCAAAGUAUUUCAAACUACUCGAAAUGAGAUUACGAAACCCGCUACAUCUAUCCGUUCUUGGAGUGCAAAUCACGUGACCGAAAGAAAAAAAUACAUUGAGAUAAAAUGACAAUGAA